UGUAUCCGUCAUCCUGUUGACGUAACUGAGAUGUUCAGCUCCUCGGAUGAGCACGAAUAAGCGCAAUCACAACAACUAGACUGCGGACAGAAUCAAAGAAAUCAAACAUUUAACAUUUAAUAUGGAAUUAAAUAAAGUCAUUUCCGAGAGUGAGAGAACGACUAAAACCUACGGCGCGCUGCACGAGACCAACAGGACCACGGACAAAGGCCAGAUGGACGUGUCCAUGGUGGAGAGCUCCAUGUCUCCAGAAGAGAUCGAGGCAGAAAUGGCUCGGAUUCAGCGCCUGCGGGAGGUGCUGGUAAGACGCGAGUCUGAACUGCGUUUCAUGAUGGAUGAUAUACAGCUCUGUAAAGAUAUCAUGAGUCUAAAACAAGAGCUGAGAAAGAUUGUAACGAUGUCAGACGCAGAGAAGACAAAGAAAUAUCGUCAGAGAGAAGAGAAAUUAAUCCAGGACAUCCAUCAGCUGGUGCAGAAGAGAGAUUUUCUGGUGGAUGACGCAGAAGUCGAGCGACUGAGGGAACAAGAGGAAGACAAAGAGAUGGCCGAGUUUCUUCGACAGAAGCUCAGUGUUGUACGGAAUCCUCCAAAGGCCAGAACGACAGAACAUCCACCCUACAAACCCUCCAUCACCAAGAGCAGUGUGGCCAUCAUUAAAGACUGCUGUGGAGCGACCCAGUGCGCCAUCAUGUGAAGAUCAACCGAAGACUCGCAGCUCCUCGUUCUGCAGCUUUUCUUUAAACUAAUAUUAGAUGAAUUUUUUAGAAUAUAGUCAUUUGGAUUUAUUCACUCCAGAAGCUAAAAGCGGUUUUAAACAGUCCCUCGGGAUAAUGAAAGCACCAAGUCCACCCUUAACUAUCCAGACUGGUCAGGAGGAACAGCAGAGGAUCUUGGGUAACAUCCACCCGACCUCCUAAAUCAAUAAAACGUGCAUACAAAUCAAUUGUUAAUUUUCAACAAUGCAUGCUAAGGGUUAGGAACAUUUCUUCAUUCAAGUGUUUGAGUUAUUAUGGGGCGGUUUCCCGGACAGGGAUCAGCUUAAUCCAGGAUUAGGCCUUAGUUUAUUAGGAAAUAUAACUAGUUUUAACAAACAUGCCUUACUAAAAACAUUACCUGUGUGCAUUUUGAGGCAAAACAAAGGGCCCUGAUGUAUCUUAAGAUAUGUCAGUUCAAGUUGUUUUCAGUUUGGACAGCUCUUAAAAAUGUUUUAGUCUAGGACUAGUCUAAUCCCUG